CAUCAUGACAUUUGUACAUGCCAGACUACAUCACCAAGACCAACUCUGUGCUUUCUUGAAGAAAAAGAUCAGUGAUUUGGAGACAGACAAGAGGGAGCUGGUUGGUGUCUUUGGUAAAACUGGGGCUGGAAAGAGCUCUUUGAUUAAUGCCAUUAUUGAAGAGAAGAAUCUUUUACCCUCAGGAAGUAUCAAUGCCUGCACCUCAGUCAUGAUUAAAUUGGAAGCUAACACCUACAGCUCAAAGUAUGAGGCAGAAAUUGAGUUCAUCACAAAAGAGGAGUGGAACGAUGAGUUGUGGUCAUUUCAUCAGUUUUUUUGCAAAAAUGGAGAUCACGAAACGGAAGAUAAUGAUGAUUAUCUUGAUGCUGUGGAAAAGCUGUCAGCAGUGUAUGGAGAAGAAUGGAAACAAAAGUCUUCUGAAAACCUCAUGGAGAGCAAAUAUUUCAAAGCAAUUCCAGAAUUUCUCCAAUCCAAGAGGAAGAUUUUGACAUGUGAAUCGGCUAAUGAACUCUGUGCAAAAGUUGUCAAGUACACGAAGUGA